ACACUAUAAUUACAUGGAUUAAUGAAGAGCUCACGGCCAUGGAAGCUCCACGAUCAUGUCACGCAGUUCUCACUUUUUCUGCCAUGAAUAAACUUACAUAGCUCUGAAACCUUCAUCUCCAUCUCCUCUAAAAUUGACCCAAUUUCGGUCAGACACCAAAAAAUCCAUCAAUGGAUCAUUACAGAGUUUUAGGGUUAACACGAAGUGCUAGCAAGGAAGAAAUCAAGCAAGCGUUUCGGAAAUUGGCAAUGGAAUUUCAUCCCGACAAGCACGCACAUUCUUCACAUCAGUUGAAGGAAAACGCUACGCUCAAAUUCAAGCAAGUUUCCGAAGCUUAUGAGAUUCUGAUCGACGAUCGCAAACGCGCUGAUUACAAUAUCCGGUCCAAUAGUUACCGGAAUUCAGCGAAUAAUUAUGGCGGUAAUAGUGACUAUUAUAAUCGUAGUUAUCAGAACGGGUAUAGAAAUAGCUAUAAUUAUGGGUAUGGGUAUAGUCGGCCUGCUGAUGCCGGCGGUUCUGCAAGUAUUGUUACCAAAUUCGAGAUGGUUCUGCGGUUCAUGACGACAAGGGCGUUUCUCCUCAAUGCUGCACUUGCCGGUGUGUUGUUAGGUGCAACAUAUGUAGUUGAUGCAGGUGGGGAGGCACUAUGGAAGAUGCGAAAUUCUGGAAAAUCGUUUGAAGAAGCAAUGGAAUCUGUAGAAAAAGCUAAAGCAUUUGAUGACAAAAGAUGAAAGGGGUUGUUUGUUAUGUCGACGGGUUAGAAAUUGCUCAUGGACAUACAAUGCAUCAUACCUUGAUCUUCAAUUGAUAUCAAAAUUGCAAAAUGUGUUGGGGGGUUGAGCAACGAUAAAUCCUUGUAUAUAAGAGAGAAAUUAUAUUGAGUGGCAUUGCUGUUUUUGUAUGAUGUAAUAUUAUAACUUUAUAACCACAUAAAAAUGUGUAUAGAUGUAGCCUGUUGCUAGUCAAAUAAAUAUAACUCGACUUGCCUAAAGAUGACAAUAUUAUUCCUCUGAA